CCUUUCAAUAAUGUCAGAUUUUUAUUAAUUUAGGCAUCUUUAUCAUGCUUCUAUGUUAUUUAUGUUAUACCUAAUAUUAUUCUGGAAUAAAUAUGAUAGGUAUAGGUAGUAGGUUGGUAGACAGCAACCGCCCAGGGAGGUACCACCGUCCUGCCAAGUGAGUGUAAAACGAAAGCCUGUAAUUGUUUUACAUGAUGGUAGGAUUGCUGGUGUCCUUUUUCCUGUCUCAUGAACAUGCAAGAUUUCAGGUACGUCUUGCUACUUCUACUUACACUUAGGUCACACUACGCAUACAUGUACAAGCAUAUAUAUACACACCCCUCUGGGUUUUCUGCUAUUUUCUUUCUAGUUCUUGUUCUUGUUUAUUUCCUCUUAUGUCCAUGGGGAAGUGGAACAGAAUUCUUCCUCCGUAAGCCAUGCGUGUUGUAAGAGGCGACUAAAAUGGCAGGGGCAAGGGGCUAGUAACCCCUUCUCUUGUAGAAAUUACUAAAUUUAAAAAGAGAAACUUUCGUUUUUCUUUUUGGGCCACCCUGUCUUGGUGGGAUAUGGCCGGUUUGUUGAAAAAAAAAAAAAUGAUAGGUAGAUAAACUUAUUGAUAAUAAUAGUAUCAUUAUACAAUAUUUUAUAGUGCCGUGAUCCCAUACCUCCACAUGCCAUGGUGGUCCAUGAGUUAUUGAGAGUCUGAGAGAGACUGCUUGUGCCUUCUCCCUCUCAUAGCCCUGCCUACCCUUCAAUACCUCUCUAUAUGUCAGUUUUUAUUAAUCUGUGCAUCUUUAUCAUGCUUCUAUAUUAUUUAUGUUAUACCUAAUAUUAUUCUGGAAUAAAUAUGAUAGGUAGAUAUUAUUUAUUGAUAGUAAUAGUAUAAUUAUACAAUAACAAAUCUAGAAGCAGUGCUUUGAAAUGGGGUCUAGACCAGCUGAUGAUGCCUUACCAUCAGUUGUACAAUGUACUGCAGAUUAAAGAGCCCAGAGAUUCAUUACAGAAUUUAUGCACACUCCAAUACAACCAUCGACUUCAGUACCAGAACCUCUACAGUUCACUUCUCCUGACAACCAACAACCAUCCACCUCAGCCCAGUAGGGCCACACCAUCCAUAUCCACUCUCUUCACAAUCAUCCACAAACACCAUUACCCACAAUUUAAGAUUAUUAAUAUGUCUAGAGGCUACAUAAAUUUACCAGAUAUAUUUUGCUAUGUCUGCGGGCAAUUCACCCCUUCAGAUUCCUGGAGGAACAUUACUCCUUUACUGAAGCACUGCUACUUUGCUUAUUUUGGCUGUAAACUUGGAGAGCAGAACAAACCAUUUGCACCACACAAAGCUUGCAAGAGUUGCAUCAGUAAGCUCCAAAUGUGGUCAGUUAGAAAACUUAAAUGUAUGCCCUUUGGAGUACCAAUGGUAUGGCAGGAGCAGAUGAACCACCAUGAUGACUGCUACUUUUGUAUGACUAAAGUAGCUGGAUUCAACAUAAUAUACACAAAUAUUCCUUCAGCAAUAAGGCCUGUUCCACACACUGAAGAUAUUCCUGUACCUGUGCCACCUGAGACAUGGAAAAUUUCAUCAGUCCGAUACCAGUGAUUCUAAGGAGAUGGAAGUAGACUAUGAACCACCAACAAAUGACAAUCCCAAACCCUUCAACCAACUUGAGCUCAAUGACUUGGUGAGAGACCUUAACCUUCCAAAAGAAAGUGCUCAGUUACUUGGCUCUAGACUGAAGAACACAGGCUUCUAGCUCCUGGAACAACAUUCGCUUGCUGCCACCACUCCACAUCAAAUUAGGAGUUAUGAGAACUGAUGAAGGACAAGCAUUUUGAUGAAGCAUUAGCAGGUGUCGAGGUGAAUGCCUGGUUUUCAUUCAAGCAGAUUGUCCACAACUUCCUGGGAAACAGGCGCUCCCCCGAACAUGAAAAAAUGAUCCAAGAUCUGAUUUCAAGUUUUCGACAUCUUGGGUCUAGAAUGAGUGUGAAAAUGCACUUCUUGCACUCACAUCUUGACUAUUUUCCCAACAAUUGUAGGGACUAAAGUGAGGAACAAGGAGAGUGGUUCCAUCAGGAGAUUUGCACCAUGCAAACUUGAUACCAGAGCAAAUGUAAUGUCAGCAUGAUGGCAGAUUACUGCUGGUCAUUGAAACAUAAUGGACUCGAUGCACAGCGCAAGCAUAAAUCAAAGCAAUCCUUGUUCCUUUGAUUCAGUAUGUAGGCUAACCAUUAGGAGCGUAUUUUUUUAAUAAAAUCAUUUGAUUUGGUUCAUGUUGAUUUGGAAUUCAUAUGUUCUUAAAACUAACAGAAUGUGCUUUUCCAUGAUUACUUGCCUAAUUUUAAUAAAUUAACAAUUUAUAAAAAAAAAUCACAUUUUUUAUCAUUAAUUUGUAUUUUAUUCAAAAUCCUUACGUGAUAGAGCAAAAUGGUUUAGAUAUUUACAAUCAGCAGCCUAAGAAUAUGUAAGAUCGCAACCAUGAAAAAAUAAAAAUUAAAAACAUUCCAAAUGCAGACCAGUGUAAUCGCUGGCUUUGCAGAGGUGCUCAGAUACGACAGUUUAGACAUCCCUCCAAACUGCCAAUAUCCCAAACCCCUCCUUUAAAGUGCAGGCACUGUACUUCCCACCUCCAGGACUCAAGUUUGGCUAACCAGUUUCCUUGAAUCUCUUCACAAAAUAUUUAUUUUUAAAAAUUUCUAGUUAGAUAUAAAACAUCAUGCUGCAA